GGAACUAGUCACGAAUCGAGUGCUGUUGCGACUGGUUGUUCCGUUCGUGGGUGGGCGGCUGACGUUUUGUCGGGUGCACAAAAAAUAUUUUAAAGGACGAGGAAACCGAAUUUGGAUAAGGGAUAACGGGGAAAAAGUGAAUACAGAGCUCGCAGUCGAAGGACCCUUCGCCGUGGUGGAUUCGACACCGUGUGUUUUAGGAUUUGGCAAAGAGUCACGGGCAGUUUUUGGAUUUAGCCCGCACCCGGGCGGAGAGGCGAUCUCACGCGGUAGACGACGGUGCCCCUUGCUGUUGGGAACAGCGGAGAAUUAAACGCGGCUCGAGCGAUAACGGGAGAUACGUGCCGCGAUUCAGACGUUUUGAUUUGGAUCAGAACAUUCAGUUUUCGCACUUCCAGUGGUGUGUUGCGUGUUUGUGAUUCUGAUUGUUAAUAUCUGUGUUAUUAAACGAGCGUGUUGCGAGCGGCUCGGACAUCGCAAAGGAAAAUGUUUGAGCUUCCAAAAGUCGGCAGCGAGGUCAGCAAUUAUGAUGGCAGCCGGGCGUUCCUGUGGCUUGCCAACAUGGUUGGCUUGUCCGUCGAUCUCGUGAACUUCUUAAUCGCACAAAUAUUGGCAUUAUUCUUGGCUUCCAUAUUCCGUUCGUUUCUCCAUCCGUCAAAAGUAUCGGCCGAACUACGCCACAUUUUUGGUUUAUCAUUGGGAUUAUUUUUCGGAUAUUUUUGUUUUGGCCAACAAGCCAUACACAUUGCAGGACUUCCAGCUAUUUGCUAUAUUGUGAUACGUACACUGAAUCCAAGGAUCGUACAGAGAGCUGUUAUGAUUGUGGCGCUUGUAUAUCUAUCAUGUAUCCAUUUACAUCGUUUAAUUUACGAUUAUGGAUCAUAUUCUUUGGAUGUUACUGGGCCUCUAAUGAUUAUAACUCAGAAAUGUACAAGCUUGGCAUUCAGCAUACACGACGGAUUUACUAGGGAACAUAAAGACUUAACAAAGGCACAACAAUAUCAUGCUAUCCAUAAACUUCCAUCCGCUCUUGAAUAUUUUUCGUACAUGCUACAUUUUCAAGGAUUAAUGGCUGGACCAAUGGUUUUCUACAAAGAUUAUAUAGAUUUUAUUGAAGGCUAUCAUAUCUUACCACAUCCAAAUGCAAAUGGCAACUUGGAUAACAGUUCGAAGCAAAUUGUUUUGGAACCAUCGCCAAUGAAGAGUGUUGUCCGUAAAGUAAUUGGAAGCUUUGUCUGCGCCUUUAUAUUCAUGAAAUUCAUUACGGUGUAUCCGAUAAAAGGACUGAAGGAUGAUGACUUCGUAAAUGACACAUCAUUUGUGUAUAAAUUUUGGUACAUGGCCAUGGCAACAACUGUGAUUCGUUUCAAAUACUAUCACGCUUGGCUGCUAGCUGAAGCAAUUUGCAAUAAUUCGGGAUUAGGCUUUAAUGGGUAUGAUAAAGACGGUUCAGCAAAAUGGGAUCUUCUAGCCAACAUUAAUGUCUUCGCUUUCGAAUUCGGUACAAAUUUCCGUGAUAGUAUAAAUAAUUGGAAUAUAGGAACGAACCAUUGGUUAAGAACAGUUGUUUAUGAACGUGUACCAAAGAAAUAUGGAACACCUCUAACAUUCGGGCUGAGUGCAUUGUGGCACGGUUUCUAUCCAGGAUAUUACAUUACCUUUGCCACUGGUGCGCUUUUCGUAAUGGCAGCUCGUGUUGCUAGACGGUCGUUCCGACAUCGUUUCCAAGCAACACAAUUUACACGUAUGUUCUAUGACAUUCUAACAUGCCUAACAACUCGAGUAUUUUUAGGAUACGCUACGUACCCAUUUGUACUUCUUGAGUGUGUGGCUAGUCUUCAUUUGUACCUGAAAGUUUACAUGUGCCUUCAUCUAGUCGCCGUUGCAACAAUUUUCAUUUUACCAAAAUUGGUUCGCGGAGCUCCACGUCCCUCUACUAGUAAACAAAAUUUGACAAGCACAAGUGGAGUUCGCCUGAGCCCCGGACAAUCGAGUCCAAAAUCAUCAUCAUCCAUUACAAAUUCUGGAAUAGAAAAUGCAUAUCCUAAAAGUAAUGAUGCGAUCAAAAGAUCCCUUGUUGAUAUGGUCCCAACAAGUCGUACAGAGGCUGUGAGUGUUAAGCACGAUGACUGCGAAAUGGAUAAUUUAUCACAAAAAUUAAAAGAAAAGAUUGAUAUUGAAACACGUAACAUUGAGGAAUUUAUUGAUAAAACAGUUACGGGUAUUGUAGAACUUAAGGAUGAAAUAAUGAGAAUGAAUGAGAAUGAAAGUCAUUUGUUUAUUCCGGCUGAGGGACUACGUAAGCGUAACACUAAUAUCGAUAAUGUUAAUAGCAGUAGUAGUAAUACGGUUAUUAGUAGUAGUAAUAACAAAACAGACGGCGUCGAUGCUUUUCUUAAAAAAGAAAUCGAUGCUAUAAACGCUGCUGUACAGCAGGCAAAUGUUUUGCCAGCUGUUUUGAGUAAUGGCCAUGCCAAAUAAAAACAGAAACGAGAAAAUUUCUACAUAUGAUAAUAAUGCAUUAAAAUAGAAAUAAAGAAUAAAAUGGAAUAUUAACGAGACAAGAUUAGUUUCCGAUACUAAUAAAUAUCUCUAUAUGUUUACAUAAUCUUAUUAAAAGCAAAACAAAAUUCUAUAAUAUAUUUAUAGUUGAAAAUCAUGGAAAUUUAUAAGUGAUUAUAACAGUAGAAUAAAAGAGAAUAUUUGGAAAUGUGGAUUAACUUAAGAUUUUGUUGCAGAUUUAAAGAGUUGAACAAAUCCUUUGAAAUAUAUUUUAGAGUGUCUUUAUGUUA